AGACAAAACCAAUUCUUACGGAUAAAUACCACACUGUUUUUAAACCAAUUCUUACAGAUAAAUAUCACACUGUUUUUAAACCAAUUCUUACAGAUAAAUAUCACCCUGUUUUUAAACCAAUUCUUACGGAUAAAUAUCACCCUGUUUUUAAACCAAUUCUUACGGAUAAAUAUCACCCUGUUUUUAAACCAAUUCUUACGGAUAAAUAUCACCCUGUUUUUAAACCUAUUCUUACGGAUAAAUAUCACCCUGUUUUUAAACCAAUUCUUACGGAUAAAUAUCACACUGUUUUUAAACCAAUUCUUACAGAUAAAUAUCACACUGUUUUUAAACCAAUUCUUACAGAUAAAUAUCACACUGUUUUUAAACCAAUUCUUACAGAUAAAUAUCACCCUGUUUUUAAACCAAUUCUUACGGAUAAAUAUCAUCCUGUUUUUAAACCAAUUCUUACAGAUAAAUAUCACACUGUUUUUAAACCAAUUCUUACAGAUAAAUAUCACCCUGUUUUUAAACCAAUUCUUACGGAUAAAUAUCAUCCUGUUUUUAAACCAAUUCUUACGGAUAAAUAUCACCCUGUUUUUAAACCAAUUCUUACGGAUAAAUAUCACCCUGUUUUUAAACCUAUUCUUACGGAUAAAUAUCACCCUGUUUUUAAACCUAUUCUUACGGAUAAAUAUCACCCUGUUUUAA